CAGCAGACAAAUCAUUGGAAGACAAUUAAGCAGAAAAUCUUUGUUUACGUUUCGAGCUAUCAGAAUUGGCAAGAUAUAAUGGGUUACAACGAUUUUUUGGAACUGAUUACAAGAAACACCAGUAAUAAACUGGACGAUUAUAAAGAACUGUGUCGCAUUUGUCUGGAAAAUCAACCAAAUAGUGUUGACAUUAGCGAGAACAGUUGUAGUUCUGUGAAGCGAAGUGAAGCAAUCCGGAGCAACUACAUCACCAUUUCUAAACAAUAUUUGCCAACAUCGGAUGAAUACCCGAAAUUUGUGUGCCCGUCUUGCGAGAUAUAUUUGGGUCAAUUGGCGCGAUUCGCUCAACAAAUCGAAGAAAAUGCCGAGAAUUGGGAAAUAUUUUUGUCCCGGAGACGAAUGGAAGAAUGUGCGGACAUAGUAGAUGGAAUCAAAAUCGAAAUCGGUGAGGAGAAAUGCGACAAUGGACCGGUUAACGACACAUACAUUGCCGAUGCAUUGGAAAUGGCGGAACUGCCUCCAAUGAAAAUUGAGGAAAUAUUUGCUGCACCCUUGCCAGCAAUAGACUCAAUAGACAAGCCAAGAAAAAAGUACAAGAGGAAACCAAAGUUGUCAUUUGUGACCACUGUAUUCGAACGGACUUGUCAACAUUGUGAUGAACCAACGUUUUCGUCGUUGACACGAUUGUACAGUCAUCAAAAGCUGAUGCACCCUGACAUUAGAGCUUACAGCUGCGAUCUCUGUGGUAACAAAUUCAGGGCAAAGGAUGCAGUGGUUAGGCACAUGAAAGAGAGACAUGCAGACAACGGUCGGAAGCAUCAAUGUCAAUUUUGUGCCAAACUAUUUUACACCGAUCGAGAGGUGAAAGGACACGAGAAAUGUCAUCUGAAUGAACGAUCCUACGUUUGUGAUUUUUGUGGUAAAGGAUUCAACAAUAAAUCCGAGUUGAACGCUCAUUUAAAGUCGAAGGCUCACAAUGCGAAUUAUGCGAUGAUAAAACACAAGAAAUACGCUCGGAACAAAGCGAACAACAAAACGGUCUACCGCUGUACGCUGUGUGUGCCGGCAACAAUUUGGAGUGACUUGGAGGAACGGACCAAACACCGAGAUAUGGCGCACAAAAUAUUCGACUGCGGCGUCUGCAAGAAUUCAUUCUUAACCAUAGAAUCGCUGAACAGUCACAAGUUGCUGCAUUCGAACAAACCGCGACCUCACGUUUGUAAGGUGUGUAACGCUACAUUCAGUCAAGCCUCACACUUGACAUCACACAUGAAAUGCAGGCACAGCGAUCGGAAAGCAUUUCCAUGUUCGUUCUGUGGGAAAACGUUUCCCGAAAACUUUAACCUAACGUCGCACGUGAAUCUCGUACACAAAAAAGGUGAGCGAGUCAAAUGCAACGAAUGUGAAGCGAACUUCUCGUCAACCAAAUAUCUUCGGAGGCACAUGCUGGAGAGGCAUUCAACGACACCGUCUCGGUAUGACUGUAAAGAUUGCGGUACGAAAAACAGUUCCGGUCGAAUGUUGGCGCUACACCGACUGAAAUUUCAUACGAACGACAAUCAAUAAUAAACUGAAUUUGUUCAUGGUGCAAUUCGAAUAGCUGUUGAAAUGUUGAAAUUUGAACCAUGUCCACCCUCCAUUGUGUGAUAAAAAAAAUUAUAAGAUUGGAUCCU